AUGCCGCCCAGGACGAGAGCGGUGGUGCAAAGCCAGAAACAAAAGGAAAAGCUUGCCAACUCCUACAAUGAACUACUCGAGGAGUUCUCGUCUAAGGAUCUGCGAAGCGUGGGAAACUACACACUAGGGAGAUUGAUUGGGAAAGGAUCCUUUGGAAAAGUCUAUCUCGCAUCGCACAAACUCACCAAUGGCUCCAAGGUAGUACUCAAGUCCUCCAGCAAGGAGGAUACCAACUUGGCCCGCGAGAUCCACCAUCAUCGGCAAUUCCUCCAUCCUCAUAUCGCGCGCCUCUACGAAGUCAUCGUAACGGAGAGCCUGGUGUGGCUGGUGUUGGAAUAUUGUCCUGGCGACGAGCUUUACAACUACCUCCUGCACCACGGGCCCCUCCCUGUCGAUAAGGUGAAACGGAUAUUUACCCAGCUGGUGGGCGCGGUAGCCUACGUUCAUAGCAAGUCGUGCGUACAUCGCGAUCUCAAACUGGAGAAUAUUCUACUCGACAAGCAUGAAAAUGUCAAGCUUUGCGAUUUCGGAUUCACGCGCGAAUAUGAAGGCAAGGCGAGCUAUCUGCAAACUUUCUGCGGGACGAUAUGCUACAGUGCCCCGGAAAUGCUGAAGGGGGAGAAAUAUGCGGGCGAGAAAGUGGAUGUAUGGAGCUUGGGUAUCAUUCUCUACGCGCUUCUGGCCGGCGAACUACCUUACGAUGACGAUGACGACCAAGUCACCAAGAGCCGAAUCCUUACAGAAGAGCCAAAAUACAACGACAAGUUCCCAGACGACGCCAAAGCAUUGAUCAAUCUUCUUCUCUCCAAACGACCGUUGCUUCGACCGAGCCUCGACGACAUACUCGCGCAUCCAUUCCUCGCGGAGCAUACCCCCGAACAACUUGCUAUUCUUAAGAUUCCCCGACCCUCGCCAUUCACGACACCGCUUGAAAAGACAACUCUUCAACGGAUGAAGAGUGCCGGUGUCAACAUUGACGAGGUUAUUGAGAAUGUUCUUGCGCAAAGAUGUGACCCGUUGGCUGGAUGGUGGGCCCUAUUGAUUGAAAAGGAGCAGCGCAAAGAACAAAAACGAGAGCGCAAGCGCCGAGAGCGAGAAGUCGAGGCAAAAAACCUCCGCCGACUAAGCGCUGCUAGCAGCCGCUUAGAAAAGCUUUCUUCGGCUUUAGUAGAAGUCGACGAAGAAGGCCAGGUCACUUCCCUACAGGACCGUGGGCGGCGUGAUAGGCGCAGUCUACCAUCCCAGCUGGCGGUACCAGAGCUUCCUGCGCUCCCCGAGCCAUUGCCUGUUCAUUCACCCGAUGCGGGCGUUCCCCCAGCGCCCAUUGAUAAAGAUUCUGCCGCUGACAGGCGCUCAAUCACGUCGGCCUCGACUUCCGUUCGUCGCCGCCCUGUUCCUCCUCCGAAGGAUAAAAGAAGGUCACGUCCCAGUAUGCUGCAUGUCAGUGCAUCUCAGCCAGAGCUAGCGCAGCACCAUGGACUCUUCCGCCGACGCACUCCUCGACGCCAUCAUCCCAUCCUCAGUCAGCUGGCAUCUCUUAAGCAUUGGUUUGUUGAGUCAGCCAAGCGGGCCAAGUCUCCCAGUGGUAAGUCAGGUGGCUCGCGCAAGUUCCUCUCGGAAAAGUUCAGUCCUGCGAAGAGCCACGAUUCUGGGAAGAAGGCCUCAUCGCUAUCUCCUGCAAGUGAGCCUCCAGCAGAGGUAGUGACACCUACUCAAAUGAAGCGCAUCUCCACUGCCAGCAGUCUGGCUCCAAGUAGUGCCUCAUAUCGUCAGAAUAGGCACUCCUACCCGCGUCAGCCUCGGCCACUGAACACCGGCCAUUCCAGCAAUCGCAAUUCUCUCUCGCCAUCUCCCAUUACCCCGCGCGGCUCAUAUCGACGGUCGUCAGCUGGACUGCGUGGCCGCAAAUCAACAUCAUCCUCUGUCUCAUCCAUACGCAGCAUACACCACACCCGUGCGCACUCGAAAGCAUCUUCCAUCUCGUCCAAUAGUAUCGACACCAUCGCGACGCCCACGGCGCGAAUUUCUAAAUCUCCUCAUUCGUCCAUCAAAGUGCUGCCUACUACGCCUGGCUCUUCCGCCCGCUUCCCGAGCAACAUUCGCUUGGUACGUGGCCCCAGUGGUCCACAGAGGGAGCUAAGCGAUCAUGCCAUGUCAUCGGCUUUCAAUGAAGCCGCUCCUGGUCCGAUUCUCUACUCGCCGUCCUCAAGCCUAGUCUUCGCUCGCCGAAAGCGAUCCGCCUUCAAGGGACCUAUGCUUCACACUUCCAAUCUGAUGGUCUCGGGCAGCGCGAUCCAUUCACCUCUCCCUGGCCAGGCUGCAGAUGCUGGCGAUGCGAUUCCCGCUGCCGGUCGCCCUGCGGCCCGCAAGAGUCAGAUUAUUGAAGAGGAGGAAGAUGAUGAGGGCUUUGAAGACGAGAUAGAAGAAGUUGAUGAGUUUGACGGUCCGGAGGAAGACAUCGGCACGGUUGUCGUGGAUGGCGAAAUUACGCCCCGAGUGUCCAACGCACAGGUCCCCGAGGCUAGUUCUCCUGUAUCAAGCCGCAAACUGGUACUCGAACCCGCCCCGGAGCUAGAGUCCAGUCCAGCCAGGCCCCCGCGGUCAUCCUCACUGCGUUCGCCGACAUCUGAGACUGGAAUGGCCCUUGCAGAUGUCGUCGCAGAGUCAGUCACACAGGAUGGCGAUAUCAAGGCUGACAUGACUGAGGCCGCUAGCGAGGUCACUGCAAAGCCGGUCGUUGCCGAGUAA